UGACAGUCCCACUCUGCCUCCCCAAAGCGCACCAUGCGUACUACCUGUGUGGAGAUAACCUACCUCCCGAUUCUGGAUUUUACUCGCGUGUUUGGCUGAUACCGAAACAGACUACACCCCGAAAGGAUACUCAGGCUCACUUUGCAUUGUUCCUGUGCGCAUUUAUUCCACAACGAGACACGCUGGAAAGAGUGUCUAUACAAUGAAGACUGACUUCUAAAUUUGGGCCCAGAGAGAUCUUUUGUCUUUUGCCUCCUGUGUGAACUCCAGUGUGAACUUUGGCGUGCCUCAAAGCCCCUCUCACCAUGCGGAGCUGCUCCCAUGUCCUGCGUUUUGGUGUCUUCACUGCCCUUUUCCUGUCUCAGGUCUGCUCUGGCAUCAAAUGGCUGGCUAUAUCACACGCUCCAGCAUCUCUACACGUGAACCAGACGCAGCACUGUAAACUGCUGCCGGGCCUGGUGUCCUCUCAGGCCCAGCUGUGCCGCAGUAACCUGGAGAUCAUGCAGACCAUCAUCCAAGCGGCCAGAGAAGUGAAGAAGACCUGUCAGAAGACCUUUGCAGACAUGAGGUGGAAUUGUUCGUCUAUUGAGAUCCCUCCAGACGCUCCCAAGUACCGACCGGAUCUGGACAGAGGAACAAGAGAGGCUGCGUUUGUCUAUGCCUUAUCUGCUGCUACCAUAAGUCACACUAUAGCGCGGGCCUGUACCUCCGGGGAUCUGAGGCUGUGCUCCUGUGGGCCCAUCCCGGCAGAGAUCCCAGAGCCUGGAUACCGAUGGGGCGGCUGUGCGGAUAACCUGCACUACGGCCUCGUCAUGGGCUCCAAGUUUUCCGACGCCCCCAUGAAAAUGAAGAAGCCUGGUUCCCACGCCAACAAGCUCAUGCAUCUGCACAACAGUGAAGUGGGGAGAAAGGCUUUGAGAGAUGCUUUGGUGAUGAAAUGUAAGUGUCACGGCGUUUCUGGCUCCUGCUCCAUAAGAACCUGCUGGAGAGGCCUGCAGGACCUAAGGGAGAUCGCCAUGGACCUGAAGACUAAGUACCUGUCAGCCACUAAAGUCGUGCCCAGACCAGUUGGCACACGCAAGCAGCUGGUGCCAAAAGAUAUCGACAUCCGGCCGGUGAGAGAGAAUGAGCUGGUGUAUCUGCAGAGCUCUCCAGACUUCUGCACCAAGAAUGACAAGCAAGGAUCCGUGGGCACCCAGGACAGGCAGUGCAACAAGACGUCGGUUGGCAGUGACAGUUGUGACCUAAUGUGCUGUGGCCGUGGUUAUAACCCGUACACGGAGAAGCUGGUGGAGCGGUGCCAUUGUAAAUACCACUGGUGCUGCUACGUCACCUGUAAGAAGUGUGAGCGCAUCGUGGAGAGAUACGUGUGCAAAUGAGAUGACCGUGUACUGCACAAGAACCACAGCACUCAACAAAAGCCUUCAUCACCAUCCUGGACUCCUCUGCCUCACAUUUCUCUAUCAAACUCAUCAAAGUGAGUUUGAGCCAGUGCUUUACUCGCUGGGACAGUGGAGUGUGCGACAGCGUCAGACUCGUGAAGAUCACCGUCCUCUGGGGUUAUUUUUCUCCUUUCUACAAACAAUGAGUCCCAAACAAAAGGACAUACAAAGUCUAUUUUAUUCUAUUUAAAUAAAAUAAAUGUUAUUGGAUUUUCUGCUGGAGAAGAGGACAGUGAAAGUGGCUUUCCAUGGAAAAGGAUUCAGAUGGAACCUCGUGGUACUUUUCUGAAGUACCAAACACGUCUCCUCAAAGACAAUGGACACAGAGGACACGGAGUACACAAAGGGAAUUUUAUUUUUUUAAUCACAUCAAUUUUUGUGGUUGGUAUUUUUGGACACAUGGUAUUUUCUGGGCCAUAGCCACGCUCCUGUGGACUCGGUGAAGAGCAUUUUAUCUCUAUGAUGUCUGAAUCCAGGCAGUUCAAAAUAUAUUAUAUUUUUAGAGCAUAUGAACUCAUGGAUUUUGUAAACCACUUUUGUGUGGAUGUACAUACUAUUAUUUUGUAUACUGAAAUAA